AAUUACUCAUGAUGAUAAAAAAUGUUGAACUCAUUAUGUGUCAAUUAUCUAUUGGUGCAGUGUAUUGGGGCUACAACAAUUGAUGAGUACCGGAAGCAUACUGAGAAAGAACUCAGGCAGAUAACAAAAGAAAAGAACGAAGCUAUUCGUGGCCAAGAUUUCGAAAAGGCUGGGGAGUUGCGUGAUCGGGAAAUGGAUCUUAAAACUCAAAUAUCCGCUCUUGUGGACAACAACAAAGAGAUGAGCAAAGCCGAGACCGAGGCGGGAGAAGAGGGCCCUACCGUAACUGAAGCAGACAUUCAGCACAUUGUCUCAUCAUGGACUGGCAUACCGGUCGAAAAAGUCUCAACAGACGAAUCAGACCGUCUUCUCAAUAUGGAAGAAACACUCCACACACGUAUCAUCGGUCAAGACGAAGCAGUUAAAGCCAUUAGCCGUGCCAUCCGCCGUGCUCGUGUAGGACUCAAAAACCCAAACCGCCCCAUCGCCAAUUUCAUGUUUUCGGGACCCACUGGUGUUUGUUACUGUCGAGAUUCCAUUUACUCCCUGUGCCAAACGUGUACUGGAACUCUCGCUAGAGGAGGCCCGACAACUUGGUCACAAUUAUAUUGGAUCCGAGCAUUUGCUUCUUGGUUUGCUUAGAGAGGGUGAAGGUGUAGCGGCCCGCGUUCUUGAAAAUUUGGGUCCAGACCCAAAUAACAUUUGCACACAGGCAAGCUAUAUUCAUUAUAUAUUCAUCUCUACUUUAAUAAAAAAUCGGAUAUCGGUAAUCGCGGUGGGAUAUCGGUAAUUUUAAUAUCAUGCUGAAUUUUAUAUAUAGAAAUUUAACACUGACAAUUCUGUAUACUCUCCUACCAUUAACAAAUUAACCUUUCGCACUUGCCGUAAAAAAGAUACAUAAUUGGAGAUUAUGAGAAUCGAUAACGAGAGGAUAAAGAUGGAAAACAAUCAAAUGCUCUUGGAAUUGAAACAUAAGGCGAUGAUGUCUGCGGAUCUUAAUCAAUAAGGUCCUGAGCCUAAAACAGUAAAAUAAUUAUGAUUUUUUUCCCUUUAUUGAUUUUCCGGUUUGGUUAGCAGCUCUUUAUGUUAUUCAUCUGUUAAUUACUGAUUAGUGACUGCACUCUGUACCGUUUUGUGCCGUCU